AUGACAGAUACGCUACGCUUGUUCCUUGUGCUAUUCCUAAUAACUACAGAAAAUAAUGCUUUAUAUUGCCCAAAUCAAAAAUCCAUUGAACAAUCUCUUGCUGAAUCGAAUAUACCAGGUGCAGUCAUUGUUGUUGUUAAUGCUACUGAUGUACUCUAUGAACAAGCAUUCGGUUAUCAAUCUAUUUUACCGCAAGUAUCUAUGAAUGUGGAUAAAUCAAUUUUUACUAUUGCUUCCAUAUCGAAAACAUUCAUAGCCGUUGCUGUCAUGCAGCUAGUCGAAAAACAGUUGAUCGAUCUUGAUACAGACAUAAAUCAAUAUCUAUCUGAACCUGAUCGGAAAAUUUUUCAUCCACAUUAUCCUUCUCAUUCAAUCACUCUACGCAAAUUACUUUCUCAUUCGGCUUCUAUUGCUGUCAACACUCAAGGCUGGAUUAAUUUGUACAGGCCGGGUGAUAGUGCUUUUAUGGAAACAACUUUAGCAGAUAUGUGUUUCACAUAUAUCAAUCCAAACACAUCGAAUUGGUUGCCAGAACCGCCAGGUAGCGUCACGUAUUACUCGAAUGAAGGCUCAGCUCUUGCUGCGUUAGUCGUUGAAAGAAUGACAAAAAUGCCUUAUGAUCAGUAUGUUUUGAAAAACAUUUUCAAGCCAUUGAACAUAGAUAUUACAAAAAUGGGCGUUCACCUAGCUGAUUUCGAGAAUCAAGAAGACCUUGUACGCCACUAUACAUAUGCAUCAAAUGCCUCUUAUCUUCCAGUAUGGAAACAACUAUUACCACAAUUUAAUCUUACACCGCUAUCGACAACUUUUCCAACAUGGAUAGAGUUCCCAUUCUUCAGUAUUAUUGGAUAUCCUGCAGGCCUUUGGCGUAUGUCUGCACGUUCUCUGUCAAUAUUUCUUCGUAUGAUCAUGAGCCAAGGAUCUACCAUUGUUACUCGACAAUCCAUCGCCGCAAUGCGAACAAUUGUAGGCGGUGGUCGUAUUCCUUAUCACCAAAAAAAGCCAAGUAAAAACGCUAAAGAGCUUCUUCAGGAGCCACAUUUUGGACUAUGUUGGUAUUGGGAAACAACUAGCAAAGGUGUUCGGUACAUGGGGCAUAGUGGUACAUUAUUGGGCAUGAAACAUUUGAUAUUGAUUAAUGAGAAGAACACUGUAGGUGUCAUUGUCCUUACAAACGGAGAUAAUCGUCAAACGAUCUAUUUAUCAAGAGAAAAUCUUGGAACAAUUACAAAUAUUCACAUGUCAUUGUUUCAAUGUUUUGAAUCAAAUGCUAAUAAGUCCAUUUCAUUUCGUAGAGAUGGAAGACUAUUGGGAUAUUUUUAUACUGUUAUGUGUGUUUGUCUAGCAUUAUUGAUCAAUAAGUAG